UCGUUCGCUUCGUGCAGUUGUGUUUUUUGUUAGUGUCGCGCUUGUUGUUCCUGCUUCGUUUCAAAUUUUGAAUGGGAUUUAUGCAAAUAUUUACGCAAAUAAUUUAUUUAUAUACAUUUGUAAACAAUAAUAUUAAAAUUAAAUAAUAAACCUAAUGCGCAAAAUUGAACUCGUUUGCUGCAGUUCGCGAAUAAAUUUCAAUUUGUUGUUGUUGUAAUUGAAAUUGAAAUUGCGGCUGCCUUUGUGGAGGGUCUCGAAUAACAUUAUUUGGAUUCUGAUUUUUGAUUUGUGCCGCUGCAGCGCUGCGUGUGUGUGUGUGCCUUGUAGUAUAAAUAAAUAACAUAAUAUCUGCAAUCUUUGCCAUAUAAACGUCAACACAAGGCAAAGAGACGACAACAACAAUUUGCAGCAACAGAAAUCACCGUCGCCGACAUCCAUCGCGAAGAAGAGCCGUGAACCAUUCUUCCCAGCACUCUUUCUCUUCAUUCUACAAACAUGUACUAUCCGCCCGUCGAUAGCUAUACCGGUUAUCGGGUAACUCCACCCAGCAGCCACAACAACAACAAUAACAACAACAGUACACACAGCGGCAACAACAAUCACAACAACAGCAGCAGCAACAACAACAACAACAGCAACAUACACUGCAGCAGCAGUAGCAGUAACAAUAACAACAACAGCCACAACAAUAACAGAAUGGACACCGAUGAUGUGGAAUCAAAUACAAGCAGCGCCAUCACAACAUUGGGCACAUUAUUCUCAUUCCAAUCGCCGGCCGUUAAAAAGCUACUCGGCUGGAAACAGGGCGACGAGGAGGAGAAAUGGGCCGAGAAGGCCGUCGACAGUUUGGUCAAGAAGCUAAAGAAGCGCAAGGGCGCCAUCGAGGAACUCGAACGUGCUCUCUCCUGCCCCGGACAGCCAUCCAAGUGUGUGACAAUUCCACGCUCCCUAGACGGAAGAUUACAGGUAUCUCAUCGGAAGGGUCUGCCGCAUGUGAUUUAUUGUCGGGUUUGGCGCUGGCCCGAUUUGCAGUCGCAUCAUGAACUGAAACCGCUCGAAUUAUGCCAAUAUCCGUUUAGCGCCAAACAGAAGGAGGUGUGCAUCAAUCCGUAUCACUACAAGCGGGUGGAGAGUCCGGUGCUGCCGCCAGUGUUGGUGCCACGCCACUCAGAAUUUGCACCGGGCCAUUCGAUGCUGCAGUUCAAUCAGAUGGCCGAGCCGAGUAUGCCGCACAAUGUUAGCUACUCGAACAGUGGCUUCAAUUCGCACAGUCUCAGCAAUAGCAACACAUCGGUGAGCAGCCCCAGUUCGGUUAACUCCAAUCCAAAUUCACCGUAUGACAGUUUGGCGGGCACACCGCCACCCGCCUACAGCCCCUCGGAGGAUGGCAAUUCGAACAAUCCAAACGAUGGCACACAAAUGCUCGACGCCCAAAUGGGCGAUGUUGCCCAGGUUAGCUACUCGGAGCCAGCAUUUUGGGCAUCCAUUGCCUAUUAUGAGCUCAAUUGUCGCGUCGGCGAAGUCUUUCACUGCAACAACAAUUCGGUCAUUGUUGAUGGCUUCACGAAUCCAUCGAACAACUCCGAUCGCUGCUGUCUCGGCCAGCUGAGCAAUGUGAAUCGCAACAGUACCAUUGAAAAUACACGCCGUCAUAUAGGUAAAGGCGUUCAUUUGUACUAUGUUACUGGGGAGGUGUAUGCCGAAUGUUUGUCCGAUUCCGCCAUAUUUGUGCAGUCGCGCAAUUGCAAUUAUCAUCACGGCUUCCAUCCGAGCACUGUGUGUAAAAUACCGCCCGGCUGUUCGCUAAAGAUCUUCAACAAUCAGGAAUUUGCUCAACUCUUAUCGCAAUCGGUGAACAAUGGCUUCGAGGCCGUCUAUGAGCUGACCAAAAUGUGCACGAUUCGCAUGUCCUUUGUCAAGGGCUGGGGCGCCGAAUACCAUAGACAGGAUGUGACCUCGACGCCCUGCUGGAUCGAGAUACAUUUGCAUGGGCCGCUCCAGUGGCUGGACAAGGUGCUCACCCAGAUGGGCUCGCCGCAUAAUGCAAUCAGCUCCGUAUCCUAAGCAAAGACAAACAAAAAUUAAGCAAAACUAAUUCAACAAAUCGAUUUAAAAUGAAACAAAAAAUUAAAAAAAAAAAAUAAAAAAUAAAAACUAAAAAAAAAACAAACAAACAAACCAACAAAAUACACAUAAACUCCUCGCAGAUCAGAUCAGCUUUUCUAAUCAGAGACAGAGAGAGAAAGAGAAAGAGGGAGACCAUCGUGUGCUUUGUGUAAUAUGCCUUAUAUAUAAAUGAAAAACAAAAACAAUAAUAAAAACAAAAAAAGUAAAUAUGUAUACAUAGUUAUAUAUAUAUACACAUAUAUAUAUAUAUAUUUUAGACAGCUACUCAACCCGCCUCUCGCCCCCCAUUAAACAUACUUAUCUAUUUUAUAGUUUAAACUUUAAACAUAUGAUUUUCUACGCGAAUGUCAUUCCUUAUGCAAAAAAAAAAAAACAACAAACAAACAAACAAAUAAAA